GAGAACCGGGCAGAUGGCUGUUACGUCGUUCCAUUGAAGAAGAAGACGGACCGAGUAGGCCGCGACUCGAUCUCCGAGUGACUGCAAACAUGACGAGUCAACUUUGUAAGCUCUUUGUCGGCGGCUUGAACGUAGAGACCAACGAUGAUGGCCUCCGCCAACAUUUCGAGCAGUUCGGUACGCUGACCGACUGCGUGGUCGUCCUCAAUCAGCAGCUUCAGCGGUCCCGCUGCUUUGGCUUUGUAACCUACUCGACAACGGAGGAGGCCGACGCAGCAAUGGCCGCCAAGUCACAUGUUAUAGACGGCAACAGCGUGGAGGUGAAGAGGGCCGUGGCCCGAGAGGAUGCAAACAGGCCUGAGGCGCUCGUCAAAGUCAAGAAGAUCUUCGUCGGCGGCCUGAAAGACGACAUCGAGGAGGAGCACCUGAGAGAUCACUUCUCGCAGUACGGCGUGGUGGAGAAGGCCGAAGUGAUCUCUGACAAGGGGACCGGUAAGAAGAGGGGUUUCGGCUUUGUCUACUUCGAGGACAAUGACUCCGCCGACAAAGCGGUGCUGCUCAAAUUCCACACCAUCAACGACCACCGGGUCGAGGUGAAGAAAGCUCUGACGAAGCAGGAGAUGCAGGCGGCCGGUGGAAGAGGGGGAAGAGGGCGAGGAGGAGGAAGAGGCAUGUCGUACAACGGCUACGGUGGCGGAAGGGGUGGCUACGGAGGCUACACAGGUGGCUACGGUGGCGGUUACAACGACGGCGGGUACGGAGGUGGCUACGGCGAUGGGGGGUACAGUCAGGGCGGGUAUGGCGGAGGCUACGGUCAAAUGGGCGGCGGAUACGGUAACGGGUACAGUGACUUUGGGGGAGAUUAUGGACAGCAGUCUUCCGGUUAUGGUGCCAUGAAAGGCGGCAGUUAUUCAAAUAGAAGUGGUGCUCCGUAUGCCCGAGGAGGCGGUGGAUAUGGCAGAGGUGGUGGUGGAUAUGGCGGCUAUUAAGUAGUUUUGAGUAUUACGAUGUCCAGAGGGAAACGUUAUUACAGCGAACUGAAUUACACACCACUUUCACAAGCGCGGUUUGGGGGGUUAUUUUUCAUUGUUCUACCAGCCGAGGGAGCAGAGCCCGUCACCCACACCUUAUAAAUGAAACUGUCUUGGAAAACCCUCCCACUGGACCCCAACCAUACAUCUGUCAUCAUAUUGGGGAAAAAUACAUUAUGGACACUACUGUUUGAGAAUUAAAAAAAAUUUUUUUUUGAUUUGCUAAAAUGUUAAUUGUUUAACGAACAUGUUUAAUUGUACAAAAUACUAGUCACCACUUCAAGAACUCUUGGAAUGGAGACGUUUGACUUGCAAGCCAGUCCAGUCUGUUAUCUUGGCAUCACGAACUCAGGGUAUCAGCAGUUAGUAGCAGUGUAAGAUACUGGGUCAACACUGCUUGAGUCUCUUGAUCUUAAAUUUUUUUUGUGACUGUUUUUUUUUCUUUUCCCCAAGUCACGUUUUGUUGAAUGACUUCGUGGUUGUAAAGUGACUUAAGGCUUCGUUUUCCCCGUUUCACUAAGGCGUUUGCUUUUUUCAUACUUUGCAUUAUGGAAAUGUCUGGAAUUAUUGUUCAGUUCUCCAUUGUUACUCUUUUUAUUAAAGUUUUUAAUAUUUCGAAAA